AAGGAACAUGAUCCUGCAGAGACAGAGCUCACACUAGCAGUGGCCGUUUUACACAGAGAGACGUGAGAGUUCCUCACUGUUCUGUUUAAUCCGAUAAUAUUCUGUUUUAUUGAUCCUGGAUUAAUCCUGAUGAUCAGAUAACCUCUGACCUGCACCUGACCCGGCCUGAUGGACCCAGUCAAUAUACCAAACAUUCCUGAUGGUCCAGAAAUGCACCCAGCUGGAUCUUCAGGAGUUCAGGAGACUCCUCAUCCAUCUGGACCCAGAGCUCCUCAAUCCCGUCCUCCCGGUUUACCAGCGUACGAUUCGGUCAGUAUCGUUACGACAGGUCCGCUCAACGACACGGACAGCAUCCACACUGCUCAUCCGGUAACCGACGGCGACAGCAUCCACACUGCUCAUCCAGCGUACGACACAGAUAGCACCCAAACAGCCCACCUCACCUGCGAUACAGACAGCAACCGGACCCUGAACCCGGCGUACGACACGGACAGCACCCGCGCCCUCCACCCGGCCUACGGUCUGGAGCACCUCUCAGCAGAGGGGGGGACGGGUCCAGCUGGAGCUGAAGGAACCACCUGCACAACCAGCAAUGCAGUGAAUCCCUCUGAAGAACCUCCACCCUACACCCCACCCGACCCCAAACUGGCCUACCUGAUCUACCCCCCACCACUGCCCCACUACCCCAACCACCCCGUCAUAGCCUGCCAGCCUGGAGCCAACCCUCCUGCCUUCUACCAGCCUUCCUUCCUGCCACCCUCCACCUACCCCUCCUACGCUAUAUACAUGAACGGUCCUCCACUGGGUGAAGAGCAGCAGCCUUUACCCAAAGAUUACCUGGUGGAGUCUCUACUGGUGACCAUCUUCUGCUGUCUAAUGAGUGGCCUGGUUGCUCUGAUGUACUCUUAUGAAACGCGAGCAGCGCUGGCCCGGGGGGAUAUCCGCGAGGGCGAGAGGGCGUCUCAGAAAGCUCGUCUGCUGGUGAUGUUCAGUCUGAUGUUCGGCGUCUUCGUGUUCGUGGGCUGGAUCAUAUACGUGGUUAUAGUCGUCUGUGCUUAACACAGUUAGAUUAUACAGUAUAUAAAUUAUGCAGGUAUUUAGAGGACUUUAAUAAACUUCAGAAAACACGUCAGAAUCACACUGAAGCGUAGAAAACAGGAAGUGAGGACUUUUAAAAACUGAUUUUAAAAGGUAAAACUGAUAAGUGUUCCUUAUGUUCCUUAACUGUUUCAUUAGAUUCACUGUCUAAACUGUACAUACUGUCUGAACACUUAUUCUAUCUAGAUUUUUUUAAAAUGUGUAACAUAUAUCAGUGUUAUUUGAAAUGUAAAGAUAUAUAUUUAUAUAUAGAAAACAGAUUUUAUGGAUUUAACUAGAUGGUGAGUUAUAACUCAUCAAUUAAAAUUGUAUAUUCUCACAAAAA